AUGGGGUGUCUGCAGUGCCCUGCUCAAGAACGAGCAAGCGGAAGGUCAUUUUCUACUGAGAAAGUCAUUCGUAAGGACUUUGCUCUCCCCAACCCCAGCUGGAGCAAGGACUUAAGACUCCUCUUUGACGAGUUCAUGAAGAAAUGUGAAGACGGCUCCUGGGAACGUUCGCCUUCACGUAAGGCUACUCGAAAGCAUGAAGACUUAAAAAUCUGUAUUCUUGACCCAAAGCUUGUGAAAGAAAUGCUACUGCCAGAGGUCUGUAUCUUCACCAGAAGCUAUGAGGAAGGCCUGGGCUUUGAGUAUGUGAUGUUCGAUAAUGAGAAUGAGAAAAGGACCGUUUGCUUCUUUCAAGGAGGUCCUUAUCUGCAAGGAACACCUGGGUUCCUUCAUGGAGGUGCCAUUGCUACAAUGAUUGAUACUACUGUUGGUGUCUCUGCAGCUGUGCGUGAGGGAUUAGUCAUGACUGCCAAUCUCAACAUCAGUUUUAAAAGACCUAUCCCCCUUUAUUCUACUGUUGUGAUAACUACCCAACUUGAUAAAACUGAGGGGAGGAAAUUGUUUCUUUCCUGUAACAUUCGAAGUGUUGAUGAGAAGACUCUAUAUUCAGAGGCAACAAGCAUAUUUAUAAAGCUGGAUCCUGAAAAAGAAUUGCUGUAAAUGAGCUUCUGGUGAAUUCCACACCAAUCUGCAUAAGGCUGUCCCUCCUCCAGAAGAAGUAGUUGUUUUCAGUCCUGCUCUACUAACCCACUGUUGAAUCUCCCAUCGGGUGAAGCCUGCUAACACAGACCUUCCUAAACAAGUCUUCUGACUACAACUCCAGGAGCUCCAUUUCUACCUUCCAAACUUUUUUACACAGAGGCACUCCCUGUGAGAGUAUCAGCAAUUCUUUCUGUCUCCUUAGGAUAAGUGUCUGGUUCUCCUGAAAUUUGAAUGGGCUCCUUAAGGUUGCACAGGUGUGAUGUCUGAUCCAUUGCAGACUAGAGAAAAAAUUCAUAUUGAAACUUUUACCACAAACUUGGAAAUGCCAGAAAACCAAAGGAAGAAAUAAAUAUAUCUUAUUUAAUAUAUUGCUCAAAGGAAAUCAAAAUUGCCCAAGCAAGAGACUUCGAAGUUUUCUUUGAAGAAGAAACUUUUCUUCUACUGCUUCUCAACCAGGUGCUUCCUAGGCUACAGCCAUUCUCAACAGCAGACCUUUUUCAAACCCGUUCCACUUAUCUUUAACUCUCAAAAACCUUUCAGUUAACUAUGACCUGAACCUUACCAAAUUGCCUAACUAUCUGACAAAGUAAUAAGAAACGAGAAAG